GCCUUAAAAGACCUUAAAAUCCGACUGGGGCAAGGUGACAACGAUUUCUAUGCCAUCGUCGGCAUCCCGCUGAUGCUCAUCUGCCUGUCCAACAUUGGGGAUGUGAUGGCCACGUCAUUCCGUUUUCUCUACUGGCGCAUCUGCUGCUAUGUGUGCACGCGGACGGCCAAGCGGCCGAGGAAUGCCCGCUCCAGGCAGCGGUCGGUGAGGGGACAGCGGUAUGCCCGCUCCCAGCCGCCACCCUCGUUCCGGCGAUCCAUGAAGAUGACACAGCGAUCGGGCAAUGACUCCGGGUUCGGUCCCUCCAUGGGGCAUGCCCAUUCCGAUCCGGAGCUGCGCAUCAUGGGGCGGGGCGUCGGCGGCGGCUACGAUGAUAGGGAGUUUGGCCACCGCAGCAGUGGAGGACGCAAUCGCCGCCAGCAGCAGAUUGCGGCACAGCCUCGCCAGCAGCGGCACAACAUCUACGGGGUGUAGCGCUUGUAGCAGGGAAUGCUGAGUUUUUGUGGC